CUCGGAGAGCUCGCGCCGCAUCCUCCUCGGCCGCCUCUGGCGCCGGCUGCGCGGACGCCCGGGCCAUGCCUCUGCCUUGAUGGCGGCGCUCGCCGGCGUGUUUGCGUGGGACGAGGAGAGGAUCCAGGAGGAGGAGUUGCAGAGAUCCAUUGAUGAGAUGAAACGGUUGGAGGAAAUGUCAGGUUUGUUUCAGAGCUCUGGAGUUGAACGUCCCCCUCCCGAACCAAAAUCCCAAACCCAAGGGCAUGAGGAUUCAGGAGGCAAAGAGCAACCAUGGGAAAUGGUGAUGGACAAGAAACACUUCAAGCUGUGGCGGCGGCCCAUUGCAGGCACCCACCUUUACCAGUACAGAGUUUUUGGAACCUACACGGAUGUGACACCCCGGCAGUUCUUCAAUGUUCAGCUGGAUACAGAGUAUAGAAAAAAGUGGGAUGCCCUGGUGAUCAAGCUGGAAGUGAUCGAGAGGGAUGUGGUUAGUGGAUCUGAGGUUCUUCACUGGGUAACCCAUUUUCCUUAUCCAAUGUACUCACGGGAUUAUGUUUAUGUUCGGCGGUACAGCGUGGAUCAGGAGAACAACGUGAUGGUGUUGGUGUCGCGUGCCGUAGAGCACCCCAGUGUGCCAGAGUCUCCAGAAUUUGUCAGGGUCAGAUCAUACGAGUCCCAGAUGGUUAUCCGUCCCCACAAGUCAUUUGAUGAGAAUGGCUUUGACUACUUGUUGACAUACAGUGACAAUCCCCAGACUGUAUUUCCUCGCUACUGCGUUAGUUGGAUGGUUUCCAGUGGCAUGCCAGAUUUCCUGGAGAAGCUGCACAUGGCCACGCUGAAAGCCAAGAACAUGGAGAUCAAAGUUAAGGACUACAUCUCGUCUAAGCCUCUGGAAGUGGGUAGUGAAGCCAAGGCCACCGCCCCAUCUUCCGAGCGGAAGAGCGAGGGCAGCUGCGGCCCUGCCCGGAUCGAGUAUGCGUGAAGGACUUCAGGAGAAGAGGGACAGGCUGCUUCCAGCCCUGCCUCGGUUUCUUAUCGCUCCACUGCGGAACGGGACAUGUGUUAGAGGUGUCUGCUGUAACCACCAGUGCAAGAUAAUUCAGCAAUGGUGUCCAGUCUCAUUCAGAGCCCUUCUGCUCUUUAUCAAAACAGAGAAGGAGGCAUCCGUGGAGGCAUUGUCAGACAGUUCUCAGGCCGAGCAUUUUGAGAUUCAAUGUUUCACUGAGCUAAUCUGGAACCAACGUCUCAUCUCAGGCCAGAGGGGACGACAUCUAUUGCUUCCUCUGAGUGGUUUCCUCCACCCACAUUCCAUUCUCAGCCUCGGUUCUGCAGCACUUUGGGUUUCCUUUGGUUCUGAACGUCCAGCUGGCCCGACUGGGUGGUUGAGUCUCCAGUGAGGGUCAUGGGGAGCGCUCUUGGUCACAGUCUUGGUGUUGAGGGGUGUGAACUGUUGCUUGGCAGUGUAAGUGCCUUGUCCUCACCUUGCUCCUACCUUUAGGGGCAGAGUUUGUACCAAGAAAUGUCUCUUCACCUCCCAUUCACACCCCACUGACUGACCCUACCCGAAGCAGUUUCCGUGGAGUUGGCCAGUUCGUCUGUAUUCACGGUCUGUAUUAACUUUCGUAGUUGCCUCCUUCUGUAGCCCAUUUACCAAGAACACUGGGAAGCUGAUCCUUUUAGACAUCGCUCUGUAUUGUCAGUGUUUCUGACAGGGUCAGUGGAAAUGCUCAAACCAUAACACUUUAGCAUUUUUUUUUAACCUUUGUGUCAAAAAGUGGGAAUUGGGGAGUUGAAUAGAUUUUCCCAUAGUCCAGGUGUACAGAGAACACCUUUUUGAUUCAGGCAUAUUUUUCACACUUCAGGUUUGAUUGGAUGCCAAGGACUUGUCCAUGUUGGGGGGGCUACAGGCAGAGAGAUGGGGGUUGGGCGGCUCCCUCUCAAAGCUGUAGACAAGCUGUGUGAACGAAUAGAUGGAAUCUUGUCCCAAAUGCUAAUAUAAGGAGGAUGUGGUUUAUGUGUCCCUCUCUCGUUCCUCUGAAGAGGUUUUCCUCUUCCGAGCUGAAAUAAAAGCAGACGGCGCAGUUUGGAUACAGUCACAAUCAGGUGGGAUUGGUCUGGUCUAGCUGAGUGACUAGGUUCUCCCCCCAACCCCCGCUACCCUUUUGUGUUGUUGAAAAGAGGAGCUAAACCUGAGACUAACUUUAAGCCCCUUGACCUUUUUGUUGCCUAAGUUUUGUGCCAAGGAAAUGCCUACCCCGGUGUUUCAUGUCUUGCCUUCUCUGCGUCGUUGGCGGAGCAGAGGUGCGUCAGGCAGUCCCAGCUUCUUUUCUCUUCUCAUCCCUGGGACGUGACGCAGCCAGAGCAGAACCGCUGGGUUGGGUGUGAAUUUAGCGCAUGUGGUGGUUGGGACAUGGGUGGGUGUGGUGGGAGCACAUGGGUGCUGCGGAGCUGGGUGUGGCACUUCCACUCUGCGCUUGGGGUUGGUCUGUACAGUUACUCGUGUCAUUGUAAUGAUUUAACUCCUGACUGUGACAUUUUUAUCAAAUGUGUGAAUAAAUACAUAAAGAUUGGUACCA